AUGGGAGAAACAACUACUCUUGGCUGGUCAGUUCAAGACUGGUUGAAAUUUCACUUUCAAUCAACUCCAAAGAAGUCAUUAGAAGCCCUUGAGGAUUUAUUGAGGUCACAAAAGGCAGCUCCAGAAGAUCCAGCUUGGAUUUCUUUGAUCUCAAUUGAAGAUUUACAUCAUCAAUGGAACAUCUUGCAAUCAAAAGCUAAUAAGGAAAAACUGCCUUUAUACGGUGUUCCGAUUGCUGUAAAGGACAACAUCGAUUAUAAAGGAUUACCGACAACAGCCGCUUGUCCGGCAUUUUCUUUCCAGCCAGAAAGGGACGCAUAUGUCGUUGAACUGUUAAGAGAUGCGGGCGCUGUGAUUUUGGGUAAGACAAACUUGGACCAAUUUGCAACUGGUUUAGUUGGUACAAGAUCUCCAUACGGUAUUACAAGCUGCGUUUUCAAUGAUAAGUACGUUAGUGGUGGUUCAUCCGCAGGAUCCGCUUCUGUAGUGGGCCGUGGUAUUGUCCCACUUUCUCUAGGUACUGAUACCGCUGGGUCGGGAAGAGUGCCAGCUGCAUUGAAUAAUCUAAUUGGGUUGAAGCCUACCAAAGGUGUUUUUUCAUGCAGAGGUGUGGUACCAGCCUGUAAGUCUUUGGAUUGUGUUUCCAUUUUUGCAUUGAAUUUAGGAGACGCUGAAACUGCUUUCAAAGUUAUGUGUAAACCAAAUGUUUUGGAGGAUGAAUAUUCAAGAGCAUUCCCAAAGAAUCCAAUCACUCACUAUUCAAAGGACGUAACUAUUGCCAUUCCAAAAGAAGUUCCGUGGUUCGGCGAAAAAGAAAAUCCAAAGAUAUACAGCAGCGCAAUUGAAUCUCUAAAAAAGACUGGAGCAAACAUUACAGUCAUUGAUUUUGAACCACUUUUAGAGCUAGCACGCUGUCUUUACGAAGGUGCCUGGGUUGCCGAACGUUAUACAGCAACCAAGGAAUUCUUCGACACCAACCCUCCUGAAUUUUCAUUAGACAAGACCGUAACACAAAUCAUUAAGGGUGCAACUAAAUAUAGCGCCGCUGAUGCCUUUAAUUUUGAAUACAAGAGACAAGGCAUUUUACAAAAAGUCAAAUUGAUGUUAGAAGAUGUAGAUGUUUUAUGUGUCCCAACUUGUCCAUUGAACCCAACUAUAGAAGAGGUUACUAAUGAACCAAUACUAGUGAAUUCCAGACAAGGAACUUGGACGAACUUCGUGAAUUUAGCUGAUUUAGCUGCUUUAGCAAUACCCGGUGGCUUUAGAUCUGAUGGUCUACCUAAUGGUAUUACCUUAAUAGGUAAGAAGUUUUCAGACUUUGCUCUUUUAGACCUAGCCAAAAGGUUCUUUUCAACCGCUUUCCCAAAUAAUACAAGAACUUUUGGUAAAUUUGUUGAUAGAACUAUUACUAUUGAGGAUGAAUUAAAUGGACCCUCAGAAGAGUACAUUGAAGGUAUCAAAUUAGCAGUGGUAGGUGCGCAUUUGAAGGGACUACCUUUGCACUGGCAGUUAGAAAAGUGCAAUGCCACAUAUUUAUCGUCCCCUAAAACAUCAAAAAACUACAAGUUGUAUGCUUUACCUAAAGCUGGUCCUGUUCUAAAACCUGGUUUAAGAAGAGUAAGUGAUGGAACAGGAUCUCAAAUCCAACUUGAAGUCUAUUCUGUGCCACCUGAAAAAUUCGGAGAAUUCAUUUCAAUGGUUCCAGAGCCAUUAGGUAUUGGUUCUGUUGAACUCGAAUCUGGGCAAUGGGUCAAAUCUUUUAUCUGUGAAGAAUUUGGCUACACUCAAAAGGGUACCGUUGAUAUCACUAAGUUUGGCGGCUUUAAGGCCUAUGUUGAACAUCUAGCGGCAGUAGAGAGCCAAAAGAAGAAACCAUUCGAAACUGUGUUAGUUGCAAACAGAGGUGAAAUUGCAGUUCGUAUUAUGAAAACUUUGAAAAAGAUGGGCAUUAAAUCAGUUGCUGUUUAUUCAGAUCCUGACAAGUACUCACAACAUGUCAAUGACGCUGAUUUUGCCGUUGCUUUAAAUGGCAGAACUGCCGCUGAAACCUAUCUAGAUAUUGACAAGAUAAUCAAAGCUGCUAAAGAUACUGGAUCCCAAGCUAUUAUUCCAGGUUACGGUUUCUUAUCUGAGAAUGCUGACUUUUCAGACAGAUGCAAACAAGAAGGUAUCGUGUUUGUAGGCCCUUCAGGUGAUGCCAUUAGAAAGUUAGGCCUCAAGCAUUCAGCGAGGGAAAUUGCAGAACGUGCAGGUGUUCCUCUUGUUCCAGGUUCUGGUUUAAUCAAAGAUGCUGAAGAAGCCAAAGCAGUUGCUAGAAAAAUAGAAUAUCCGAUCAUGGUAAAGUCUACUGCUGGUGGUGGUGGUAUUGGUUUGCAAAAGGUAGAUUCUGAAGCUGAAAUUGAAAGAGUUUUCGAAACAGUUAAACAUCAAGGUAAAUCUUACUUUGGAGAUGCGGGUGUGUUUUUGGAGAGAUUUGUUAGUGAUGCAAGACAUGUAGAAAUUCAAAUGAUGGGUGAUGGUUAUGGAAAAGCCAUUGCUAUCGGAGAACGUGAUUGUUCCUUACAACGUCGUAAUCAAAAAAUUAUUGAAGAAACACCAGCCCCUAAUCUCCCUGAAGAGACUAGAGCUAAAAUGAGGAAAGCUGCCGAAAGUUUGGGAUCCUUAUUGAAAUACAAAUGUGCAGGUACUGUCGAAUUUAUCUAUGAUGAAAAGAGAGACGAGUUCUACUUCUUGGAAGUUAACGCUAGAUUGCAAGUUGAACAUCCAAUUACUGAAAUGGUUACUGGAUUAGAUUUGGUUGAAUGGAUGUUGAGGAUUGCUGCUGAUGAUGCUCCUGAUUUUGAUAAUACUAAAAUAGAAGUAUCUGGUGCGUCUAUCGAAGCUCGUUUAUAUGCAGAAAAUCCUGUAAAAGACUUCAGGCCAUCUCCAGGGCAGUUGACGUCUGUCUCUUUCCCAUCUUGGGCAAGAGUUGACACCUGGGUUCAAAAGGGAACUAACGUUUCAGCAGAAUAUGAUCCAACUUUGGCCAAGAUUAUUGUACAUGGAAAAGAUCGGAAUGAUGCUAUUAGGAAGUUAAACCAAGCUUUGAAUGAAACUGCAGUGUACGGUUGUAUCACUAAUAUUGACUAUUUAAGAUCUAUCGCUUCUUCUAGUAUGUUCAAGGAAGCUAAGGUUGCAACAAAGGUUUUGGAUACCUAUGAUUACAAGCCCUGUGCAUUUGAAGUAUUGUUGCCUGGUGCCCACACAUCCGUUCAAGAUUAUCCAGGUAGAACUGGUUAUUGGAGAAUAGGUGUUCCUCCAUCUGGUCCAAUGGAUUCAUAUUCCUUUAGGCUAGCAAAUCGGAUAGUUGGAAACAAUUCAAAGGCACCUGGUAUUGAAAUCACUUUAAAUGGUCCUAAGCUACUUUUCCACACAGAAACAGUCGUUGCGGUGACUGGUGCUACAGUUAAAUGCUUACUAAACGAAAAUGAAGUACCUCAAAAUAAGCCUAUCAAUAUCAAACGUGGUGAUAUACUUUCUAUUGGUAAAGUUACUGUCGGCUGUAGAGCAUACCUAUCUAUAAGAGGAGGUAUUGAUGUUCCUGAAUAUCUUGGGUCGAGAUCAACAUUCACCAUGGGAAAUAUGGGUGGUUACAAUGGAAGGACCUUAAAAUUAGGUGAUGUUCUUUUCUUGAAUCAACCAGAACUUUCCGUGUCCUCUUUAGGUGCUCCAGAAUAUGAACCAGCACCUGCUCCAAAGUCAUUACUACCUGAAUUUUCCACAACAAAAGAUUGGAAAAUUGGUGUAACUUGUGGCCCUCAUGGUUCAGUAGAUCUCUUCAAGGAGGAAUACAUCGAAGAAUUCUUUAGUGAAAAAUGGAAGGUACACUACAACUCCAAUAGAUUUGGUGUUAGAUUAAUCGGUCCAAAACCGAAAUGGGCAAGAGCUGAUGGUGGUGAAGCAGGGUUGCAUCCUUCAAAUGCUCAUGACUAUGUGUAUUCUCUAGGUGCUAUUAACUUUACAGGUGAUGAACCAGUUAUUAUUACCUGUGAUGGACCUUCUUUAGGUGGGUUCGUUUGUCAAGCGGUUGUAGUUGAAGCUGAACUGUGGAAAGUUGGUCAACUGACUCCUGGUGACACUAUACAAUUCGUUCCUAUAUCCUAUGAAACAGCAAAACUAUUAAAGGAAUCUCAAGAUAAAGCUAUCGAGACAUUCUCUGAUGGUUCAUUAAUUCAAUUAAGAGAAGAUCUAUUUUUACCAAAAUAUGAGAAUCCUAUAUUGGCAGUUCUACCAAAGAGAAGCGAUCUCUCACCAAAGGUCACUUACCGUCAAGCUGGUGAUCGUUAUAUCCUUGUGGAAUAUGGUGACUUAGAACUUGAUCUAAAUAUAUGUUACAGGAUCAACCGUUUAAUAAACGAAGUCGAAAGACAUAAUACCGUUGGUAUUGUUGAGAUGUCACAAGGUGUCAGGUCUGUUCUAAUUGAAUUUGAUGGUUAUAAGAUUGAUCAGAAGACCUUAUUAGAUUGUUUACGAGCCUAUGAAUCUGAAAUUCACUUCGAUAAGAAUUGGACUAUAAAAUCUAGGGUAUUCAAAUUGCCUAUGGCAUUCGAAGAUUCGAAGACACUAGAUUGUGUUACUCGUUACAGGGAAACAAUUCGUUCGGAUGCUCCAUGGUUGCCUAACAAUGUUGAUUUUAUUGCCGAUGUGAAUGAUAUCAGUAGAGAUGACGUGAAAAACAUGCUCUACUCUGCCCGUUUCAUGGUCUUAGGAUUAGGUGAUGUGUUCUUAGGUUCACCAUGUGCUGUUCCCUUGGAUCCGCGCCAUAGAUAUUUGGGAACAAAAUACAACCCUUCAAGAACCUAUACAGCAAGAGGUGUUGUUGGUAUAGGUGGGAUGUACAUGUGCAUUUAUAAUGCCGAAGGUUCUCCAGGUGGCUAUCAAUUGGUAGGAAGAACAAUAACUGCAUGGGAUAAAUUAGUGAUUGGGGACCAUCCUAUCGGACAUCAAUGGUUACUAACGCCAUUCGAUCAAGUAGAAUUCUACCCUGUGUCUGAAGAAGAACUAGAGGUAAUUAUCGAAGAUAAUGAUAAUGGUAAAUUCAAGAUAAAUGUUGAAGAGUCUGUUUUCGACAACAAAGAAUAUCUAGCUUGGAUCGAUGAGAAUAUUGAAUCAAUUGUAAAGUUCCAAGAAGCUCAAGGCGGUGAAAAGGCUGAUGAAUUCGCUAAACUCAUUCAAGUCGCCAAUGCAGAAUUAGAAAAGAAUGUCGAUGAUAAGGGUCCAGACACUGAGGAAUACCCAGAGGAUGCUGAGCUUUUAUAUUCCGAAUACACUGGUAGAUUCUGGAAACCUGUAGUAUCUGUUGGAGACGAAGUUAAAGAGGGUGAUGGUGUUAUCAUCAUUGAAGCUAUGAAAACUGAAAUGGUUGUAUCUUCUACUAAAGCCGGAAAGGUUUAUAAAAUAUUACACAAAAACGGUGAUAUGGUUGAAGCCGGUGAUUUGGUAGCAGUUAUUAUCUAA